AUGACAAUCUAUAAUUUUUAUUUAUUUAAUAAAGAUGGUUGUUGUGUUAGUUAUAAAGAAUGGAAACGUGAAAAGGAAGCAGAAUUCAGACUGAUGUACGGAAUGCUCUUAUCGCUUCGAUCGUUUUCAUCGAAAUUGUCUACGAAAAGCGGGCAGCAACAGGUAAAAAGUUACGAGACAAAUCAGUACAAAAUGAAUUAUUUGGAAACUCCAAGCGGUUUGAAAAUGGUUUUGAAUACAGAUCCACUAGCGAGUGGCAUAUCAGAAUUGAUGCGAAUGAUUUUCCAAUUAUAUGUGGAUAUUGUUGUGAAAAAUCCUUUAAUUGAUCCGUCGAACGUGAUUUCUAGUGAAAUUUUUGAGAAACGAUUGUCUGAACUCGUCGAGAAGCAUCAUUCUUUUUAA